CUGUGCCUCAGCUGAUUGUGACGUAGCCGUGGGGGAUUUAGCCAAGAGAAGGGCGAGGGGUAGAGGCAGGGUGACUGCCGAAUAACUGCACGGCUGGGCACGGAUAAUAAACACGAGCAACUCCCACCGUGGAUUCAAAUCGGAAAGGCCUUUGGGGAUUCGGAAUUAUAUUUUCCCGCUGACCGGUGGACCGCCUCUGUGCGCCAGUCACGAAUUCGAGGAGCUCUUCAUGAUAAUUAUUUACCACUUCUGAGACGAGAAAGAGACACCGAAAACAUUCUUUGGUACUGUUGAAAAGGAGGCGUAAAGAAGACAUGGUGGAUUAUUAUGAAAUCCUGGGGGUGUCAAGAAAUGCCUCUCAGGAGGACAUAAAAAAAUCGUAUAGAAAACAGGCUCUGCGAUGGCACCCAGACAAGAACCCGGACAACAAGGAGGAGGCAGAGAAGAAGUUCAAGGAGCUAGCUGAAGCAUAUGAAGUUCUGUCAGACCGCAGCAAGCGGGAGGCGUAUGACACCUACGGCAAAGACAGACUGCCCAACACGGGCUCUGGUGGCCAUCCUUCUCCAGAGGAUUUCCCAGGUUUCACAUUCACAUUUCGCAGUCCAGAUGAAGUGUUUCGGGAAUUCUUUGGGGGCCAGGAUCCUUUUGCCAGUUUCUUCGAUGACUUUGGUUUUGGUGGGGGGAUGCGUGGAGGAAUACACAGCGGCUUCCAUGGACAUCCUGGCACUUCGAGGCUCGGCCCCAGUCGGUUCUUCUCCUUCCCCUCAGCUGGAGUGCAUGAUUUCACCUCGUUCUCCUCCUCCAUGGGAGGGAUGGAUGGGCUGGAUAGCAUGGGAGGAGGGAUGGGGAAUUUCAAGUCGGUUUCCACAUCCAAGCGCAUCAUCAACGGGAAAUGCACCACCACAAGGAAGAUUAAAGAAAAUGGUCAGGAGCGAACUGAGAUUGAGGAAGACGGGGUCUUGAAGACGGUGCUUGUCAACGGUGUGGAGGAUGAGCUGGCCUUGGCUCUGGAGCUCAGCAAGAGAGAGCUCUCACUACCCAGUCAGCCGUCAAACUCACCCAGGCAACGCCUGGAGCCGCGGUCUGAGAGGACUGUACCCGUGGAGCCGCGGGGCCAGCUCCAUCCCCACCGAAUUAGCCCCGGCUCUGGUUCCAUGGCCCAGCGCUCCUUCAGCUCAGCUCCGUACUUCCACUACCCCGAUGUGCCAAGUGAGGAAGAGGAGGAGGAGGACGACGAAGACCUCCAGAUGGCCCUGGCUUAUAGCCUGUCCGAGAUGGAGGCCCAGCAGCGAACGUCCACAGCGGCCGACGUCAUCUCAGACUCAGACUUCCAGGCCUUCACGGGCUGAUCUGAUUGGCCGUUGCCCAUCUGACCCCUGAGCCUGAGUCAAAUAACCAUGUUGCAGGCCUGUAGGACAAGAACACGCCUGAAGAUUAACACGUUUAGCACCUGUAUUUUGACACCUACAAUCUAAGAUGUAUAUUAAAACCUGUAGAUUAACACGUGUAGCACCCGUUUUUUGACACGUACAGACUAACAUGUAGAUGAACACCUGUAGAUUAAAACAUAUAGCACCUUUAUUUUGGCACCUGUAGUUUAACACAUGUAGAUUACAACUUGAAUCAGGUCUAGAUGGUAAUGAGGGAGGACUAGAACGCAAUGAGUUGUGUAAAUGUGUCCCCUAAAGAUACAGAUGGUUGUGUCAGCAGACAGAUUGCUGUAACCCAUGAUGUAUUUAGCUGAUAUAUAAAAUACCUGUGGGUGAUGUAUAAAUUAAACCAGGGGUGAGAAGCCCAUGGAGUACCUAGUGUCUGCUGGUUUUGGGGUUUCCCUUUCAAUGGGACCCAACUAUGAACGAGACAACCCAGUGAGGUUAGUCAGUAACUGAUUAGUGAAGGUAACUAAUCACUUGAGAAAAAGGUGGGAGCUAAAACCCGCAGAUACUCGGCCCUCUGUUGGAAUGAGUUGGGCAUUGGCGCGCUAAAUAAAGUGGCAGGAAUCAGCAAUGCCUGGGUAGGGAAAUGUGACGAUUAAGUGUUCUGAGACUUCUGGUGAAAUUAUUUUAGCAACACACGGUAUUACCCUGUGGGAAUCUCAAGGGAAUGCAGAUCUAGGAUAGAUGUAGAUGUUCACUAAUAUCCCAGCACCCUUUGCUGUUCCUCUAACCUGACCUCCAUGUCCACUCUGCUCC